AUGAACAGUGAUCUACUAGGUCAAAAGGUCACAGUGCCUGGUGCCGCUGGCUAUGGAUAUAUAAAAUAUUUGGGACCAAUACAGAAUAAAUCAGGGUUAUUUGUUGGUUUGGAGUUGAUUGGAACUGUAGCUAAGACAAGAGGAAAAAAUUCUGGAUCCGUAGAAGGAGUUCAAUAUUUUCAUGUCAAAGUACCAAAAAGUGGACUUUUUUUACCAUAUGAAAGAGUGAAAAACUCUAAUUCACAUUUACCUGAGAUAAGUCUUCAAAAUUAUCAAAACAACUUGCAUUCUAAUAUCAACAACGACAUCAUAACCCCUAAAAGAUCACAUUUUUACCCAAUUUCAGAAAAUAAAAGUCCUACUAGACAACAUGUUUAUUAUACAAAUCAAAAUCAGCAACAGCAUACAGCUUCAAUGAGAUCACCUUUAAGUCCUGUGAAUACAUAUCAAAAUGUUAAUUUAAAUCUACUACAAAAUGACUUUAUCAAAUCUGAAAAUAACAAAGAUUAUGAAAUCAUUAUAAAAGAAUUGAAAACAAAACUAAAUGAAAGAGAUCGAAAAUUGGAAAAUUUUGGAAAACAAAGGGAAGAAUGGCAUCAAGCAAUGGACAGUUUGAUUGCAGUCCAACAAGAAGGUAUUCAAGUAUUUGAAGAAAAAAUUAUGGAACUUGAGGGUAUAAAUAAAACACAAGAAGAAGAAAUUCAAAACUUAAAAAUUCAAUUAGAAGGUUUGGGAAAGGAAAAUGGAGAAUUACGAAGUUCAAUUAAGCUGAAUAAAGAGGAAAAUGAACAAUCAAUUGAAUUAGAAAAGUUAAAACUAGAGCUUUCGGCUGCUAAAGAAAAUUUGAGUGCUAAUGAGAAUAAACAACAAGAAGUAGAAAAACUACAAGCUCAAUUGGAUGAAAAGAAUGAACAAUUGGAAAACUAUACAAUCCAAUUAUCUGGGCUCGAAGAACUAAAAGAAGAAUUGAAACAAUCUCAAGAUAAAAUUAUUCAAUUGGAGACACAAAGGGUAACUAAAACGAUAGAAUCGGUGAACAUUAAUCCAACAUCACAAUCAUCAAAUUUGCUACAAUUAAACAGUCAAGAUUCAAAUGAAAUUAUUCAGGAUUCAAACAAUAAUGUUCAAGAUUUACCAAUUUAUAAGUCACCAAAUUUGAUCGAUCCUAGUUCGGGUAAAUCCGAUUGGUGUGGGUUAUGUGAAAGAGAUGGACAUAGUUCUAUAAAUUGUCCAUUUGAAAAUGACAUUUUUUAA